UGUUGUAAAUUAAAAAUAUCUCAUGUAAUAUCACAUUAUUCAAUGACUUAUUGACAGACUGAAGUGGGGCUUCAGGAUAUGUUCAUGAUGAUACGAACAGAAUAGAUAUUAGGUAUAGGAUUAUCCAACCUUAUCUGCAUAUCUGAGCCAUGAUAACGAUCUCGACGAGACAUCUCCGACUACAAAACCGCACAUAACCGCUCAGUAGCCAUCGAGCAUUAUAACAGACGCGUGUAUUAUCCAUAUACAGUUUCAAUGGAAUAAAAUGAAAAAGUAAAAACAUUCGCCAAAAGCAAUUUGGAUGUGCCGUGUCAAUUCAAUUACUAACGCCGAGCGCUUUAGUACCUCGUUGAAGAUUAGGGCAAUGAAAAAGUAUUGCAGGAAAAAACCUAACAAGCAUUUAAUAGACAGAUGACUCCAGCCAAGAGGGUUCCACUGUGCGAGGUGACGGACACGCGGCCGAGCGUGACUGUCACUGACAUGGACACAGUACAAGAAGAGAACGACAAUGACAGUGACGAAUCGUCAUACUCCGACUUGGGUCACCUCCGGGAACGCACCCAUGCAAUGCUGAGCCCAGUACAGGAGCCGCUUCUUCAGAAUUCAAACUCGCUGCCAAACAGUCGACGUGUCUCACACGAUAUAGACUCCAAAGUGGCAGCCGGCCUUAACACAAGGCGACCCUCGGCGAUUAUCGCAGCGUUUCGGCGCCCGUCGCAAGCGCUCGCACUAUGCGCUGCUACCCAAAGACGAUUUUUGUCCGAGCUGUCACCGAACUCUAGAACCUCUAUGGCUUCGACCCACGAGCAUCCAGCGUCUCCCGCAGAAAUCUUGGGCCACGAAGCCUUAAGCAAAGCGUUAUCAGCUCUAUACGCUAAGCUUUUAGUGGUGCUUGGAUUGGCAUUUCCAGUAACUGAAGUAAUUGCCAACGGCGUACCCGAUGCUUACUAUCAGGGGUUUUACAUGUAUCUUUAUUUAGUGUCACUCAUAUUUGUGAUAUUUCAAUACGCGACUUUGAUGCGAGAAAAAGCAUUCAACAUGAUAAUUAAUAACCGAGACGCAGUAGACAAAGAAGAUAAGAACGGCACCGGUAGAGCUACACCUACAGAAAGGUUAAAAGAAAAGGAAACAAUAUCUCGUUACGGAAGUUUUUAUUUAAGGCUCGGGGCCAUAGCUUUUGGCAUCGGAUCGAUGGUAUACAGCGGGCUGGAGUUCGGGGAGUACUUUGAAAUGUCUGAUCGCUGUCGGUCAGUUCUGUCCGCACUGACUCCAGCGUUACGAAUGACGUUAACGCUCGCUCAAAUGCAGUUUAUAUUUCUUACGAACAAAGACAUCGAGAUGGGCAGUUACAAAUUGAUACAAAGAUUUGGAUUUAUGCAUAUGAUCGCUACGAAUCUAUGCGAGUGGUUAUACGUUUUGGUCGAGGAAACAAAACAUGAAAUACAUCAUCUUGAACAUUCAAUGUUCGCAAAAUCUAACAGCACUCAUAAUAGUACGAACGAGAUGCCUUGUCGGCGAUCAAAUAUUAUGGGUACACUAGUACAAAAUGCAUCUCCAUUUCUCUUCCCAUGCACUAUUGAAUACUCUCUAAUAUGUGCUGUUAUUCUAUAUGAAAUGUGGAAAGAGGUUAAAUGUACACCUGAAGAUUUUGAAAAGAAAUUUAUGUACCCAAAAAACAAAUCACGCAAUAAUUCAGUGACACCAGAGAAAAUAUUACAACAGUUUGCUGGUAUGUUAGGUGUAAGUUCUCCUCACGGCAGUAGAGCAGCUCUUCAUCACUUCUCAGUGGAUUGUUCGCACGCACACAGAGGACUGUUCGCUGGAAUACUCCUCAUUGUUCUCACUAUCAUAUCAUUAAUCAUGUUCUUCGUGCUCGCAAGCAACCCUACUACAGUCAAUGAUGCCAUAUUUGAAGUAAACAUAUGCGAAUUAAUAUUGUACACUAUCAGUAUAUUAGCAUCAGCAACUGCCCUAAAACAAAUGAGAGUUCUACCAUAUAAAAGAAAAAGUCAAGCCGUUUUAGUAUUAGAUACGUCUUUAUUAAUUCUUGCACAAUCUGGAAUGUUCGUGUACUGUAUGUUCAGCCUUAUUGGUUGUCACCACACGAUCAAUAAUAGCAAUGGUUCUGGUCUCACGGGAUUUUUCUCUGAGUUUUUGUCUCUGAAUCAGACUAUACUUCAGUCUCUAUUUAUAAUAGACGCAUGGUGGCGAAGAAGUAGCAACUCGGAGCAAAGAAGGAGGAAACCAGGGAGACAGCUGGUCACAUUUCUUCUUGUAGCAAACAUGGCUAUGUGGGCAAUCAAUACGCUUGAGAAGAAUCGUGCUGAAUUCCGACCAGCGCACCUCGCCUUCUACGGGCCCUGGGCGUGGACUAUCAUCACUCACGUCUCCAUGCCGCUCGCCAUCUUCUACAGAUUCCAUUCUACGAUCUGCCUCUUCGAGAUCUGGAAAAACAGCUUCAAAAACAAACCUAUCUAUUUAAAUAUAUAGCUUGUAAUACAUAUAAAAAUAAACGGAAAAACGAUCUUCUUA